CUGGGCGCGCGCCGCUGCUCCCGCUGCCGGCGCCUCCUCAGCCCCGACCCGCCGCAGCCGCACCCGCCGCGUUCAUAAUGCUCUAGAAUGUCAGCGCUGAGAAAGGUUCUGCCUGGCAUACUGCAGAAGCAUUGCUGUAUUUUACCUGACAGGAACACAGAGUCACAGUGUACACUCUGUGGGGAGCCUGAAGAUUUGGAUUCUCUAACAGGGCAUGCAUUUCCAGAAGAAGAGGGUGGCGAUCUGCUCAAGUCGAGCUUCAGUUUUCCAGGGACGCCAGAGGAGGAGCUAGGUACAGAUACCAUCUCUCAGAUAACUGACCAGCAGUACUCAUGGUCACCUUCUCAGCACUUCAAUGAAGAAAGAUACUCUCCUGCUCCGAGGAAUAUGAAAGGAUUAUCUGGUAGUCGCAAUCAACCACAGUUAUGUUCAGCUCAUACCUGUGGCUUAGCAUCCCCUGAAGAUUGUGAACACACCCACGACCAUAUCCACCAUGGGCAGGAGCCAAGGCAGUCGUAUCUUCUCAGCCCCACGGAGAGUUGCCCGCUGGAUCACCAUCGUUGCUCGCCACGCAGCUCCAUUCAUUCUGAGUGCAUGAUGAUGCCCAUGGUAAUGGGCGAUCACAUGUCAAGUAGCACUUUCCCCAGGAUGCACUACAGCUCACAUUACGACUCAAGAGACGACUGCACCAUGUCUCACGGUAACCCUAAGAUUAACCGUAUUCCUGCAAAUCUUUUGGACCAGUUUGAGAAACAACUUCCUCUUCACCGGGAUGGGUUUCACACUUUACAGUACCAGAGGACCUCAACAGCUGCGGAACAACGCAGUGAGAGCCCGGGAAGAAUACGUCAUCUUGUUCAUUCUGUCCAGAAACUUUUUACUAAAUCUCAUUCUCUGGAAGGAUCAUCCAAGGGCAAUGUUAAUGGAACAAAGGGAGACAGUCGAGGGGACGAUCAUCAUCAUGGGCAUCAUUCCAAGCAUAGCAAAAGGAGUAAAAGCAAGGAGCGAAAACCAGAAAGCAAGCAUAAAUCUGGAAUGAGUAGCUGGUGGAGCUCUGAUGAUAAUUUGGACAGCGAUAGCACUUACAGAACCCCUAGUGUGGUAAAUAGGCACCACACAGAUCAUAUAUCCCAUUGUUAUCCUGAGGCACUCCAGGGGCAUUUUGGGGAUCUCUCAUUGAAGACUUCCAAAAGUAACAAUGAUGUGAAGUGUUCGGCUUGUGAAGGGCUACCAAUGACCCCUGAUAGUAAAUAUAUGAAAAGGAGUUCUUGGUCAACGCUUACAGUAAGCCAGGCUAAAGAAGCUUAUCGCAAAUCAUCACUGAACUUAGAUAAGCCUCUGGUUCAUCAGGAAAUCAAACCUUCUUUGAGGCCGUGCCAUUACCUUCAGGUUCCUCAGGAUGAAUGGGGAGGAUACCCAGCUGGUGGGAAAGAUGAAGAGAUCCCUUGCAGAAGAAUGAGAAGUGGUAGCUAUAUUAAGGCCAUGGGAGAUGAAGAAAGUGGAGACUCUGAUACUAGCCCCAAGACAUCACCAAAAUUAACAGUUCGACCAGAGUCAUUAUUAAAAUCCAUUGGACAACGACCACUGGGAGAUCUUCCAAAUCAGAGCUACCUUCAAACUGCAAGUGACGUGCCUGGGGGUCACAACCUGGAUCCCUCUGCAAACUACAAUUCCCCAAAGUUUCGCUCAAGGAAUCAGAGCUAUAUGAGAGCAGUGAGCACGCUCAGUCAGGCCAGCUGUGUUAGUCAGAUGAGUGAAGCAGAGGUUAAUGGGCAGUUUGAAUCGGUGUGUGAAUCAGUGUUUAGUGAAGUUGAAGCUCAGGCAAUGGAUGCCCUUGACCUCCCUGGAUGUUUCCGAACAAGAAGCCACAGUUACUUGCGUGCCAUUCAGGCAGGCUAUUCCCAAGAUGAUGAAUGUAUACCUGCGCUGACAUCCUCCAACAUCACCUCAACUAUCAGGUCAACCACAGCUGUAACUUACACAAGUUACAAAAAAACACCACCGCCGGUACCGCCUCGUACCACUUCCAAGCCACUGAUCUCAGUCACGGCACAGAGCAGCACAGAAUCCACCCAGGAUGCAUAUCAUGACAGCCGGACUCAGAGGAUAUCCCCGUGGCAGCAGGAUGGGCGAGGGAUGUACAACUCCACCGACAGUUUGGACAGUAACAAGGCCAUGAAUCUUGCCUUGGAGACUGCAGCCGCACAGCGCCACGCGUCCGAGGGCCAGAGCACCUCCAUACGGACCAGCGACAAGGCCAUUUUAGUGACAAAAGCGGAGGAGUUUCUGAAGAGUCGACGUUCCUCUAUAGGGAUUCAGGUGGAAACAGCAACUGAUUCAGAUACUGAAAGCAGAGGCCUACGGGAAUACCACUCUGUUGGAAUACAAGUGGAAGAUGAAAAACGGCACGGACGAUUCAAGCGCUCAAACAGUGUAACAGCAGCUGUCCAGGCUGACCUGGAACUGGAGGGUUUUCCAGGACACAUCACCAUGGAAGACAAGGGACUUCAGUUUGGCUCAUCAUUCCAGCAGCACUCAGAGCCCAGUACACCCACCCAGUAUAGUGCAGUGAGAACUGUACGGACACAGGGACUGUUCAGUUACAGAGAAGAUUAUAGGACCCCAGUUGACACAACAAACCUUCCACCACCAGAACCCUGGCUGGAGCCAGCCAUUGAGACAGUAGAGGCUGGUCGAAUGUCACCUUGUCGACGGGACGGAUCUUGGUUUAUGAAGUUACUACAUACUGAAACUAAGAGAAUGGAGGGAUGGUGCAAAGAAAUGGAAAGAGAAGCAGAAGAAAAUGACCUUUCUGAAGAAAUUCUAGGUAAGAUCCGAAGUGCUGUUGGAAGUGCUCAGCUCCUCAUGUCUCAGAAAUUCCAGCAAUUUUAUUGGCUUUGUCAGCAAAAUCUGGACCCGAGUGCCAUGCCGAGACCAACUUCCCAGGAUCUAGCAGGUUUCUGGGACUUACUGCAGCUCUCCAUUGAAGACGUCAGCAUGAAGUUUGAUGAACUGCACCAGUUGAAACUAAAUGAAUGGAAAAUAAUAGAAUCACCUGAAAGGAAGCCAACGGGUUGGUGGAUGGAAGAAAGAAAGAUUCCUCCUCCUGUACCAAAGAAGCCCCCAAAAGGAAAAUUCCCUAUCACAAGAGAAAAAUCUCUGGACCUACCCGACAGACAGCGACAAGAAGCUCGGAGACGGCUGAUGGCUGCCAAGCGAGCAGCCUCUUUCCGGCAGAAUUCAGCCACAGAACGUGCAGACAGCAUCGAGAUCUAUAUCCCAGAGGCUCAAACCCGGCUUUAAAGACAGAAUGCUGCAGAGUUCCUUUUUUAAACAAAAUGCUUGUACAGUUUGUCACUUACCUGGUAAUUUUUGUCUCAUUCUCUCCACUCAAUAUGCCCUUGCUGUUGUGUUCUUUGUGCCAUAAGCACAGUGGAAUGCUUUUGAUUUCCUCAGAAUUUGCUGAGCUCACCGCAAGAAUGACUUCUUUUGUAUUGUCUGACUUACAAUCAGCUACAAUGGAUAGGGCUUGUCAAGACCUGACUUAUCCAAUAUAUUCUCAGAGGACAACAAGAAACACCUCUUGAGAUGGAACCCAGCUUACUUUUUUGUUAUUUAUAUUUUUAUAAAAUGUGUGAUAAUUAGGGAUAAGAAUAACAAACUAUAAAUGGGUGCAUCUCACCAUUCACUAGAGGCAUUAGCUAAUCCAAGUAGAAGGUGCUACAAAUGUAAAGAGCAGGAAAGAAAGAACCCAUUUAUCUCUUUGACCUCCAGUUUCUUUUCCUAGAACCCAGCUAACAUAUUUACCCAUGUGCUCUGCCACUCUUUUCAUCUUUGUUACUGCAAAAUAACAUUAGGCCUCUUAUCUCAUGUCAAGUUUCUGGAGAUGAACAGGGAUACUCAGCCACUAAAACUCCAAAGUUCAUCAGAAACCAAGAAGCAUACAAGUCUGGUCGUGGUGGGAAUGUCCACUAAGAAACAUUUGCUGUUAGCAGCAUAACAACACUCUGAAACCUAAGCAAAUUUGUAAUGCAAGAGGACUUGAGUGAUGGGUGAAAGAAAAUGGAAGCCUUAAAAAGUUAGAUCUUCUGUAGUAAGAUGUGUAAAGAAAAAGUUUUACUUGCUCCUUUGGAACACUCAUUGCAUUUUUAACAGUUCUUUUACAUGUUAACAUUUAUUUUAUAAACCUUCUUUCUUUCAUUUCAAGAGCCGUGCUACAUGUACUAUUUAAAACUCUCAAAUUGUUAUAACAAUUGAGUUUCCAGGGUAUCCUUGAGAACAAAAAAUCUUGCUUGUUUAAAAUGCCAGUUGUGAUGUUGUAAACAGUUUAAGAAAUAUGAAUGUGAGUGGUAAGUAUAUAUAAGUUUAAAUGGUUAUGUUUAGGUAAAGGUGAACUGUGGUCUACAGUUGUAUUUUUUUUAGAACUAUUUUUCUAUGCAGUAUCAUUUAUGGCAAGAAUAAACUUCUUGCUUGCUUCAGACAUAGAAAAAAAAAAAAAAAACAUGACUCAAGAGAUAAGUGAGUUCCAGCCAUGGAAUAUAAGGAAAAUAAUAUCUUUUGAAGCCUCACAUUAUCAGGAGAGAAGUGGCAACUUCCACAGUCAAGAGGCUUUAAUUUAAAACAAAUUAAGACAGAAUUAUUCCACUUCACCUACCUUCCAGAGCCAACUGAGCGAUCCAGCACUUAGAAGUCUUCAGGUGAAGACGCAAUAAGAUGAGAAACCUGCAGCCCCCAGUUCCAAGGUUUGAAUCCUACUGAACACAACUUUAGGUCAAAACAGUGUGAACCCAGUGAGACAAACAGCCCCAGCUACCGCAUUCCCUGUUUACCUGCUUUAACAAAUGCAAUGCGUUUAGCCAUAGGCAGAACAACUAUUUAAUUAUACUUAAGCACUUUGGUUCUUCACCUGAUGAGCACUUUAAAUACAAAUCCCACACACCCCGCAGCCUGAUGGAUGACUGAAAACAUGAAGUAUUGUAGGUUAUGCAGAUCUGACAUUGCUUCAAAUCUGUUUUCUUUUGUUUGCUUUUUUCUUUUUCCUUCUCUUUUUCCUACAGUGAUUGUUAUUAAGCAUGACUUCUGUCUUUGGAGCACAGCAGAUAAAGCAUGCUUGGCUUCAAGAUAUGAAUCUUUAGAGACGAAGUUUUGAGAAGUUUCUGUGAGAAGAAACCCCUGUAAAUUGAGCCUGAUAUCUGGUGUAUAUUUUACCAAAUAGCCUUAAAUUAUAUUUGGAAGCAAAAACCAAGACGAAUGUAUAUCCUUCAAGAAUGCAAAAAAAAAAAAAAAAAAAAAAAAAAAAAAAAAAAAAAAAAAAAAAAAAAAAAAAAAAAAAAAAAAAAAAAAAAAAAAAAAAAAAAAAGAAAUCUCUAAAAUAUUCUUCUAUAGAUGAAAGCAUUAUAUUUCCCUUCCCUUGCAUUUUUCAAGGCAUUUUCUAUUACGGAAAGAGCAGAAUUCUAGGUAGUGUACAAUAUUGAUGCUACUUCCUAUCAUUGUUGUACUAUUUUAAAUACAAAAGUACGUGCAGACAUUGGCAUCUUUAGUCUUGAAAACUAGUAUCUUGAAGUGGAGCUGCUAAUUAGAAAUACCCACACAAAACCAAAGUCAGUGUCUUUCCUAGACUGAAGAAAUUUAAAAGAGAAACACACACACCUGUACAAGCAUAUAUAUAUAUAUGGCAGCUGAUAUGUUUUAUCUAAUUUUCCUGUUCACUUUGAGGAGAAAUCACACUUGCCUUACUCGCUUGAACCCUCCCACCUGCAGCAACAGGUCAUGCGAUUAAGACAAGCUGUACCUGAUCCUGCUAGCAAUCAGACUUUAUGAAGAUAAAUUCUACACCCAAGAGAUUGCAGAUAAGCUGAGAUCCCAGCUGGCCUAAUGAUGCAGACUUGGAGCAGUCUGUGUUUCACAUUUCCCAUGCCUUUAUGAGAAAAUGUUCAAUAGAAGAUUUAGAAAUCUAUGAUUGCUGUUUGUUAGACCUUGGUCAGGAAAAAAAGAAAAAAAAAGCAAAACCACAAAAAACAGCAACCAUAAAGAAUCAAAAGUAAACUAGAUGCCUACUAAAAAAUCCGAUAAUAUAUUAUCUGUGCACACUGCAUUUUGAAGUGCAAUAUAUUAACUUAUUGUUGUGGUAAAAUUAUAUCAUUUAAGGCAAAUAAGCCAUUUCUAUUUACAUAUUGUACAUCUGGUUAGUUUAGAAAAAUUACAUUACGCUUAUCAUACUUGUGUUGAAAAUAAAUCAGAUUGCUUCACUAUAUGACAUGCAAAACACUGCAUGUAGUAUCAUAAUACACAUUUAACCAAAACAAUUGUAAUCUGACCCCACAUCAUAAAAAUAAAAUUCAGUUACCAAAAUAACGUAGAAGGAACAUAAAUAAACAGAAAGAUAGGAACUGGUAUACUUUCUGCUUUGAGUUCAUGGUGUAGAUCCACACAGAGCAGCUGGAUACAUCAAAAUAGUCUAGUGUUUAAUUAAAUAUUAAUGGGACUAAUAUUUCUUUUAACCCAUUAAAAUUGCAAAAUGUCCCUGUUCAAGUAGUCAUUGCCUGUAAAACAAAAGUAUAAUAAAUAGAAUUCAGAAAAUUUAAAUAAAGAAAAAGGCCAGACUGGUAAAAUAGUUGAUUUUUGCCAUACUUAUUUUUCUUUGUAUAUUUUUUUAGAUCUUUAAAUUCUUUGUGUUUUGGUGAAGUCCAUCAUGAAGUAUUUUAUUAGUUUAUGUCAACCUGAUUAGAAUGGCCUUUGGCAGAAUGCAAAGACUAAAAAUAUCAUACAGUUUAAUACCAAACAAUGAUAUUUUAAUUCAUGCUUAAACCUUGACGCUAUGUUAGAUUUGAGAUCUAUCAGGAAGGAAUUAAAGUGUGCAUAGGAAAUUUUAUGGAUUUCAUAUAUGUGGAUAGAUAGACAUAAUCUACAUUUCAUAUAAUAGAAAUUAUUUGUUUUAAAGUAAGCCCAUAUCCUGCUGUAUCAGUAAAUUAGUACUCUCUUUCUUCAGCACUCCAUUUAGUAUAAAGUGAAGGACUGUUUGGUCAUUGGGAGGUUUUGCAAGGAAAAGAAGUAACUGCUACAUGAUGGUGCCACACGUGAUGUGCCCCACGUGACCCGCAGCCUCCUCGUGUCCUGCGGGAGCAGUACCCUUGAGAGGCUUCUGGUCCCAUGGCACCUCAGGCAACACUGCCACUCUGUCCCAGGCCCUCUCCAUGCAGGUCCACCCUGGCCCCCUCUCCCAGAGCAGCGUGCCUCCAGAUCAGCCCAGCUCAGCCUUUCACGCUCAAAGCCUUGAGCCUGCCCUGUCCAGCCGGUGGGUUUGAUGUCCUCCUCAGCAUUUCAGCAAUGGCACCGGUGGCAGGGGGCACACUGGGGGCUCACCCAUCAAGUGUUGGUUUGUGCAUGUCAAUUUCGGCUCUGAAGCUGGUUUGGCAGCUCCAGGUGUCAAGCUGUGAAACAGAAGCCUCAUAUUAGAGACUUAAAUGAAUUUUGUGAAGCAAUGUUACUCCCUUUACUGUUCCUAGAGCAUCUUAUGAUGUAAGGAUACCAAGCAUAAACUGCGUUUGAGGUGAGGAAUAUCAGCACAUGUGUCUAGAGAGGUGCUUCCUGGUGUAUGACAGGUUGACACCCACAUUUAUACAGUGCCUUUCAUCCAGAAGGAUCUCCAAGCACUUUAUUAGUCAACACACAAACGCUAGGUUGGGCUGUAGCUGGGGCAGGUAACCUGGCAUGGUGGAAUGCUGGGGGCUCUCCUGCCUGUCCCCAUGCUGCUGGGGAGUUUCCUUCCACAGCACCCUUCCAGCACCUGAGAGGACCUUCACAGUCUGAGCCUGUGUUGAAGGAGAAGCAAAGACUAGCUGAACUGAGAGGAAGACCUGAGCAAAGCAUAAAUACGGACGAUGCUGUUACCAUCUCUCCAGGGAUUAGGCAGGGAGUGAUGAGCACCAAAUUAACUUUCCAGAACAGUCUCUGCUUUGUCUGUCCAUGAUGAUGGCAGUGAGGUCCCUGCAGUGGAGGAGCUCCCUGGGAGGAGACCCCUGGUCCACGCCAGGCUCAGGAGCUAAUACUGCCUGCACCUGAGCCCUCUCGGUCAGCAAUCUUGGCAAGUCUCCCCUCACAAGAGCAUUUUCCCCUGCUGUCUUAGCAGGAGAGCAGGAGAGAUCCAUCCGGGAUGCAUGCUGCAAAAGCAGACUUCCCCAAGCACCCUGUUCUCUCCCUGUGUCUGCCCUCCAGCCCAGCUAACGUGAGGGAUGACGUAGGGCACAGGACUUAGGCAUGAUAAUUGUGCUUUGGUUUGGGCAACUGCUCUUUAAUGAGACCCAGCUCUAACCCUAAGGGUUCUUUGUAUGGCAGAGCAGCGGGGACACCUCUCUCUGCAUGGACAGAGGAGACGCCUCUUCAGCAGUGGAGAAGCUGCCAUUUCAUACUGCAUAGAACAGAAAGAGAAUAUAUACAUAUAUCUAUAUAUAUAAAAAUUUUUCACUGUCAUGGUCCCAGACAGCUGGACCCAGGAACCAGUCAGUGCUCACAUUCCUGUAGAUUGUGCCAUUUCCUUGCAGCUCAUCCUCAACACUGACAGCCGUGGCAGAUUCUCUGCCUACUGCAGCCCCACGGCCCAUCAGCAACUAUUCACCAUGUUCACCUCCAGGGACUAUUUUUGGGAACAGCUGUUUUAUGGCAUACUCAUAUGCACUCAUGAGUCCUGACAGGAAUUAAGCCCUCUGUAUCCACAGAAAUUGCUUAAUUUAUCUCUGAAAUGCAGCUACCUCAAUGGCAUAAUGCUGUAGCUGUUUAACUACAUAAUAGGCUGCUCAGGACAGCAAGUAUAAAAUAAAAAUUGAAAUGGAAUGUUGCCCAAAAGAAAAUUUGGCCAGCAUAUUUAGUCUGAUUUAGGCUUCUCUUAAUGAAAUAAAAUUCUAAUAGCUGUGAGAGGCCAUGGCAUUCAUAACUGAAUGUCUUUUCCAACAUAAAUGAUUCUAUGAUUCUAUAUUAAAAAAAUGUAUUCCAGAUCUCUUCUCAUUAAAUGCAUAUUACAUUUCUUAAAAGAUGAUUGCAAAAGAAGACUUCAUGUUCACAGAUCCACCUGACCAUAUACAGCUUUUCUCCCAUUAUCCUUCACUGCUGAAAGAGAACUGGGCUUUUGAAGUCAGGUCAUAGAUAAGUUAAAUUAGUGGGUCUACAAGGCUUGCUUUGUAGCUGAGCAAACUCAGAACAGUUUUCAUCAGCUGGCAAUUUAAUUCUAUAUUUUAUUAAGGCCAAAUUGUUAUUUUUCUAAGUUGGUUUUGUUGGACAGGAUUUUUUACUUCUCUAGGUACAAAAUCACAAAUAUUUUCACCUAAGCUUAAAUGAGGGGGAGGCUUAUUUGAAUAUAUGGUCAUUGUUUACCAACACAGCCCAUUGGUGAGGAAUUUUCUUCUCCUUUCCUUGCCAUUCUUUCAUUGACCACAGUAUUUCACAUUCCUAAAGCUCAACUGUCAUACAAAUUUCUUAUUUGUGAGACAGACUAUUGCAGAGCUUAGGGCUAAGUUCUGUUCCCCGUUGUAUCAAAUUAUCCAUUGAGUCAAAGCUAAGAAACUGAAACCAGAAAGAAAUGUCAGAUCUGAACCAGUAUAAUUCAGAUCAAUGUCUGACUCAGCAAGACCUGCUGAGGUAGGAAGGACUCAUUCGACUUAGCAGGUGCAUCACUUCUUUGUAUGAUCUCGUUCUUCCUUUCAGGUAGAUCGCAAUCAAGCAGAGGGUUCAGUAUUGGGUUGAAAUGUCUGUAGGCAGUCCUGACAAAGAAAUGCUAGCUCUGUUUAUAAUUAUCCAUGGAAUCCACAUACUCAUAUCCAUGUUUUGAUUUACUCUUUGGAGGUUUAUUAAUAUGGCCAUCUUGUUUUAAAAGGGCUCAGCAUGUAUGUAUUGUUUAGUUCAAUUUAUAUAUUAAUUUCCUGACUGAAGAAAAAUUCCCUUUCAAGUAGCCUGGCUUAUAUGCUCUAGAACUGUUCUUUCCUGAAGAAAAGCCACUAUGGCUGUGCAGGAUUUUCUGUACAGAGACAAAACUCAUACUUUCAUUUACCAUGUGACAUGCCAAAAUAAUCAAGUGUGGCCUAAGGACUAAAUUAAAUGCCUCCUAUAGAAUUUCAAGGAAUGUUAGAACCAGGAAACUAGCUGUUUAGUUAUCAUUAAAAGUAUAUAUAAAUAUAUAUAAAUAUAUAUAUACAUAAGAAAUCGUAUCAACAAUGAGGAUGAACUGAGUGCCAAAUAUUCACCAUCUGUAUAAAGCUACACUUCACUAGAAUUAAACUAUUUUAUGUAAUUCUCUUUCUCAUGCUUUUAUGGUUCUUUUGAUAAAUUCUAUUUAGUAGCAUGCAGGAUACCUAAAUUGAAUGUACAGUAUGUUGUUUCAUUGCUACAAUAAUUUCUCGCUUCUCAGUAAUAUCUUCUUUACCAGAAUGUUAUUUGUUACUUUGAAGGCAUAUUUGAAAAUUGUUUUAUUAUUGAGUUAUUCUUUUUUCAUGGUUCUCUACUCACCUCCAGCUGAUUGUAAGAAAAUGUGCUUCACUAUUUUGCCCCAUGGCUCUUUUAUGAAGCUGCCUCUUUCAAUUGGUUUAUGUAUUGUUUAUGUUCAUCUCCUGUAAAUAAUUCUGCAAUUAAAUUUUUUGAGAAAAAAUA